UUUUUUGGGAUGUGCCCUAAACCACCUAUUCAAAAGUAGCACACGUCUGAUACAAUCUAAAUCUUAUCAUGACCCAAUUAUAGUCCUCUUCUGAACAGCGUCGUCAAAAAGAUCAGCCACAGUUAAAACUUGUAGUAAUGUACCAAACAAAGAUCCAAAAUGCUUCUACGGUGUGCUCUUGUUUAUUUGUGAAUGUAUUGGUGCGGCCGUCGUGUUUGUGUCACGCGUCGAGUAAACGAAAGAACCGGUUUUGUCGAAAAUCUAUUGUAGUUCAGGGCCCAAGUCAGGCUCAUCAACUGCAUUCUGCACAGACCUGUCCAAACAUGCGGGCGCCAAUCAAUGGUGCAUCCAGAGACGCCUUCAAAGCAGGGGCCGUUGGUCACCAGGUCAACUGGGCAGCGCUUCUCUCAAGACGUUGUCCUUCGACGGCGGCGUUACUGAGAUUGUCAGCCGCUGGAACCGUUGACUCGAAACCUUUCUAUCAAGGGGCAAUCCGACAUUGUACAGCUGCCGCCCAAAGUCGGCGUUGAGUGUAAUGUGUCGUAGAGCGAGCGAGUGCUGGUGUUUUCGGAAGAAAGGCUGUCUUCCAAAUAUGGCAAACCUAAAAAUGGUUCCACAAGACGACCUUCUGAGAAAGCAACGUGCAAAUUUGCAUGUUCGAGGCGCACAUAUUAGGAGACUGGUUCAAAGGUUUGCUUUGUUUGAAAGUGCAACUACGUUGGUCAAAGUUUGUUCGGUCGCUUUAGCUGAUUGCUCGCUUUGUGGUCUCUCGCCAUUUGUUCCGAAGGUCCUGUGCCGUAUGGCGGGAUUUGGGUGGGGCAAUGUCAAUGUCAAUGACACGUACUCUUAAGUAAUCGUCCCCAUGUCACAAAGCAAUAUUAGCGAACCCUCUUUGAAGGUGAUGUCACAAAGACGUGGGCAGCAGAGAUCUGAAGAAAAAACUAGUGGGUUUUGAAGCUCGCUCGCUCGCUUCAGGACACAAAGCAAAGGAACGCAUGUCCACAAUCUCCAAAGAAUGUCCAUGACAAAGCAAAGGUUUCUUUUGAUCUGUGACCUUCGCCCAAGCGGCCAUGUCUUCGACAACCCGGAAACAUCGAGACUUUGUGUGCGAGCCAAUGGGAGAAAAGCCAGUAUUUGCGCUGGCCGGCGUCGGAGAGGUCCUUGGCAAAAGACUGGAAGAGAAAGGUUUUCACAAGGCGUACGUCGUCUUUGGACAGUUUCUGGUCCUCAAGAAAGACGAGGAGCUUUUCCGGGAAUGGCUUAAGGACACUUGUGGCGCAAAUUCGAAACAACAAGGCGACUGCUUCGGCUGCCUUAAAGAAUGGUGUGACGCCUUCCUAUGAAGCGUUCAUCGCUCAAACUGUUACAUUUGAAAGUGCGGAAUCCAGUCAGAUAAGCUCUGAAGGCCGCGUGCAAGUAGCGCAACUGUUGCUUAUUACUGAUGCUUCUUUGUCCGGCUGUGAUUUUUUGCCAAUGAAUAAAUUUGUGCAUGUUCA